GGGUACGACUCCCCACCGCGCAAGUGCGGGGUUGAAGCAACGCCGCGCAGGCGCGGGACGGCGGCGACGACGCGCGGUUGCGCAGGCGCGGCGGAAACUGCCGAGGGCUGCCGAAGGCCCGGCGCGGAUUGCCCGGAUGUAGUUGGUGGAGCGGCGACGGCCGGAGGCGCAGGAGCGGGCGGCGCGGCGGCGGCGGCGGGCAGGCGGCGGAGCCACGGGAGUCGAGCCGAGCGCGGCCGGGCGUCUAGUGCGGCUGCCUCGAAGUGGUGGGGCCGCGGCCGGGAGCGUGGACGCGGAGGGCGAUGGCCCGCGAGCGCCGGCGCCAGUGACGGAGCCGCCGAGAGCCGCCCGGGGCGCGCCGGGCCCCGCGCCCGCCCGCCCGCCGCCCGCCGCCCGCCGCCGCCGCCGCGACCCCCGCUCUCCGCCGGGCAUUGAUGGUAAUGUAUGCGCGGAAACAGCAGAGGCUCGGUGAUGGCUGUCACGACCGGCGGGGGGACUCGCAGCCUUACCAGGCGCUCAAGUACUCCUCGAAGGGCCACCCCGCUGGCGCCGACCACAGACAUGAGAAGAUGCGCGACUCCGCAGACCCGUCGCCCCCAAACAAGAUGCUGCGGCGCUCCGACAGCCCCGAGGGCAAGUACGGCGACUCAGGCCCCGCCAAGGCCAGGAACCUGCAUGUGCACCGGGUCCGAGACCGGGAAGGGGGGACCAGUUACUCUCCACAAGAAAAUUCACACAACCACAGUGCUCUUCAUAGUUCAAAUUCACAUUCUUCUAAUCCAAGCAAUAAUCCAAGCAAAACUUCAGAUGCACCUUAUGAUUCUGCAGAUGACUGGUCUGAACAUAUCAGCUCUUCUGGGAAAAAAUACUACUACAAUUGCCGAACAGAAGUCUCACAGUGGGAAAAACCAAAAGAGUGGCUUGAAAGAGAACAGAGACAAAAAGAAGCCAACAAGAUGGCAGUUAAUAGCUUCCCGAAAGACAGGGAUUACAGAAGAGAGGUGAUGCAAGCAGCAGCCACUAGUGGGUUCACCAGUGGAAUGGAAGACAAGCAUUCCAGUGAUGCCAGUAGUUUGCUCCCACAGAAUAUUUUGUCUCAGACAAGCAGACACAAUGACAGAGACUACAGACUGCCAAGAGCAGAGACUCACAGUAGCUCUACGCCAGUGCAGCACCCCAUCAAACCAGUGGUUCAUCCGACUGCUACCCCAAGCACUGUUCCUUCUAGCCCGUUCACGCUACAGUCUGAUCACCAGCCAAAGAAAUCAUUUGAUGCCAACGGAGCAUCUACUUUAUCAAAACUGCCUACACCCACAUCUUCUGUCCCUGCACAGAAGACAGAAAGAAAAGCUUUAUUGUCUUUUUAUUUAGAAUCUACAACAGGAGACAAAUCUGUACCACAUUCUUGCACAACUCCUUCCACGUCUUCUGCUUCUGGACUGAAUCCCACCUCUGCACCCCCAGCAUCUGCCUCAGCGAUCCCCGUCUCUCCUGUCCCACAGUCACCAAUACCUCCAUUACUCCAGGACCCCAAUCUCCUUAGACAGCUGCUGCCUGCUUUGCAAGCCACGCUGCAGCUAAAUAAUUCUAACAUGGACAUAUCCAAAAUAAAUGAAGUUCUUACAGCAGCUGUGACACAAGCCUCAUUGCAGUCUAUAAUUCAUAAAUUUUUUACUGCUGGACCAUCUGCUUUCAACAUAACUUCUCUGAUUUCUCAAGCUGCCCAGCUUUCUACACAAGCUCAGCCAUCUAAUCAGUCUCCAAUGUCUCUAACAUCUGACGCGUCAUCCCCAAGGUCGUACGUGUCUCCACGAAUAAGCACACCUCAGACGAACACAGUCCCUAUCAAGCCUUUGAUUAGUACUCCUCCUGUUUCCUCACAGCCAAAGGUUAGUACUCCCGUUGUUAAACAAGGACCAGUUUCACAGUCUGCCACACAGCAGCCGGCACCUGCUGACAAGCAGCAGGGCCAUGAGCCAGUCUCUCCUCGAAGUCUUCAGCGCUCAAAUAGCCAGAGAAGUCCGUCACCUGGUCCAAAUCAUACUCCUAGUAGUAAUGUGUCAGUUGCAACAGUUGUACCACAGAAUUCUUCGGCCCGACCUCCAUGUUCAUUAACUCCUACACUAGCAGCACACUUCAAUGAAAAUCUCAUCAAGCAUGUCCAAGGAUGGCCUGCAGAUCAUGCAGAGAAGCAGGCAUCGAGAUUGAGAGAAGAGGCCCAUAACAUGGGAAGUGUUCACAUGUCAGAAAUAUGUACUGAAUUAAAAAACUUACGGUCUUUAGUCAGAGUGUGUGAGAUUCAAGCAACUUUGCGAGAGCAAAGGAUACUGUUUUUGAGACAACAAAUUAAGGAACUUGAAAAGUUGAAAAACCAGAACUCCUUCAUGGUUUGAAGAUGUGAAUAAUUGCACAUGGUUUUGAGUACAGGAACUGUAAAUCUGUUGCCCAGUUUGAACAUCACUGACCUGCAUUUAAGUAGACUUGGGACGGUUGAGCUGGGCAAAGGAGACAGGGGGCGGGGUCUGUAAGAGUCAAUUCAGGGGAAAGAUACAAGGUUGAUUUGUAAAACCCUUGAAGUGUAGAUUUCUUGUAGAUGUAUUCUUCACAUUGUAAAUAUGUUUUGUAGAGUGAAGCCAUGGGAAGCCAUGUGUAACAGAGCUUAGACAUCCAAAACUAAUCAAUGCUGAGGUGGCUAAAAACCUAGCCUUUUACAUGUAAACCUGUCUGCAAAAUUAGCUUUUUUUAAAAAAAAAAAUUUAAAAUGGGGGGUUAAUUUAUCAUUCAGAAAUCUUGCAUUUUCAGAAAUGUCAGUGCAAGCGCCAGGCGAUGUGUGUGAGGAUGCGGCUGAGAACCCUCCUGCAGUUACAGAUAUCAUGAGACGGCUGCUCCACACGCCACCUGAUUAGAGCAGCGUUGCUUUCUCCACUUGUUUGCAGAGACAUGUUUUCAUUCUGCUUGUGUUCCAUUUUCCUCAGAAAUCCUUAAUCUGAUUUUAUCCAUUUUUUUUUUUUAAAGGCUCCUCUUUCUUCUCCUUUCUUAAGGCACUGUUGCUAUGGCACUUUUCUAUAACCUUUUCAUUCCUGUGUACAGUAGCUUAAACUUGGAGUGAUUGAACAUAACCCACUUGUUUGUAUAAAUUAUUGAAAUCCAUUCGCACCCUGUAACGAUGGACUUAAAAGUACUACUGAGCAUGUGUGCUGAAAGUGCAUUGAUUGCUCAAAUAUAAGGAAAUGGCCCAAUGAACAUGGCGUGGGAGGGGAAAGAGGAAACGAAGCUAGUCAGAUGUGAAUUGUAUCUGUUGUAAUAAACAUGUUAAAACAAACAACAAUUGUUACUUUUCUUUUCCUUCGGUCAAUGCAUAUUAGAAAUCAAACCACCUGGGGUUUUUUUAUUGAAAAUAUUCUUGUUGAAUAUUAUACUUAAUGGAAAUGAUUGCUUGAAGAGGAAGGUUUUGUUUAAAGCAUAUUAACAGGAAAUUGUGUAUAUGAUAUUUAAUGAAAUAUGAAAUUCAACAAGAAUGAUUAAGUCACUUCCCCAGUGGUUGUCAUUUGUUAAACCCUGGUUUACCUGUCUUGCUAUUAUGACUUUUCAUUUUGAAGGAUGUUUGUGUUGUAGCUGAUUGUUUAAGUCUGGUGCUGACUGCUGUUCUUAGCCAUCACAAAAUGCUAAAUUUGUGUCGUUGGAGCUUCCUGCUGUUGUCUGGAAAUGGCAGGAAAGCUCAGCUUUGUAUAUUGUUUCCUAAAGUAUAUUAAAAUAAAAAAAGAAACUAUUGCUACUGUAAAA